CCAAAUAGAAAUUAUCCAGUUAUUCGUUAAGCCAAAUUAGUGGUCUCUAUAAAUAAACCCACCACCAUUACUUGAUUGAUCGAUACACCACUCUCUGCAUCUCCUUUCUUUCUCUCAAUCUUUUUCAAUCCUUAAUUUUCCCUCCAAAUUUAUUUCUCAACUAACAUCUAAACCCUAAAAAGGUUUGAUCUUUUUUCAGGGUUUAUGAUCCUCUUUUUAGUCUUUUAAUUUCUCUUCUUUACAAUCUUUUCAAUCCCAGUAAGGAUUUCUUCUCUUUGUUGUUCUUCGUUAUUCAAGAAUCCUAAUUGAUUUUUGGAUUUUUGAUGGCUAGUUCAGAACUAGUUUCUUUCUCCUAUUAAUUUGUGUUUGAAGUCUAGGGUUUUCUAGAAUUAGCUUAUUUGUUCUUUUCUUGAGGAAAUUCUUGGUCUCUUGGAUUCUUAGAUUCUUGAAUCCUUGAAUCAUGGUUAGCGAAAUGGGUUUCUUUCUCCUUUAAUUGUGAAGUUUGGGAUUUGCUAGAAUUUACUUAUUUCUUGGUUUCUGUUUGUUUCCAAGGAAUUUCUUGAUCUUGGUUUUCUGUAGUUUUGGUUCUUAAUGGAUUAAUUUUUGACAUGAGGGUUAAAAUAUGAGCAAUGGAGAUGAAGAGAGUACAUCCGCAAGACGUAAAGCUGAUGACUUUGGCCGUGCCGUGUCAAGAAUGGCAGUGGCUCAAAUAUGUGAGAGUGUGGGGUUUCACGGGUGCAAGGAAUCUGCUUUGGAUUCUUUAACUGAGGUAGCCAUUCGGUACAUUAUUGAUCUUGGUAAGAUCGCAAACUCUCAUGCCAAUUUAUCAGGUAGAACUCAAUGUAAUUUAUUUGAUAUAGUUAGAGGUUUUGAAGAUGUGGGUGCACCAUUAGGGUUUUCGGGAGCAUCAAAUUCGGGCAAUUGUGUUGUUUGUUCUGGUACUGUUAAGGAGAUAAUUGAAUUUGUGGAAUCUACUGAAGAGAUCCCAUUUGCUCAACCAGUGCCGCCAUUUCCAGUUGUUAGAGAUAAGAGACUAAUUCCUAGUUUUUUAAACAUGGGUGAAAUUCCGCCUGGCAAGCAUAUCCCAGCUUGGUUGCCUGCCUUGCCUGAUCCUCACACGUAUGUCCACACCCCUAUGUGGAAUGAAAGGGUUGUUGAUCCUCGCGCCGAAAAAAUUGAGCAAGCAAGACAGAGGAGAAAGGCAGAGAGGGCUUUGUUGAGUUUGCAGCAAAGGUUGCUAAGCAAUGGUUCAGCAGGAGCUUCUACAUCAGUGGCCAGCAAUCACUAUGUUCAGGAAUUAGGAGUAGGUGAAUCUAACCGGUUUCUUGCAAGGCCUUUGAAACCUGGUGAGAAGGCUGUUUCUACUGUUGUGGUGCCAGACAAACUGAAAACCAGUGUUCCUUUGAUAAAGGCAUUUGAGCCUGCUAUUGAAGCUGCGAAAGGAGGUGGCUUUGCUGAUGAUGAGGAGAGUGAGAGAAAGCUGCUUCCUGAGAAGAGGCCUGCUGUCAAUUUUAAAUUUAAAACUGGGAAGAAAAUGUUAGGUGAACCUUUGGAUUUGAGUCUUUCGAGAAAGAGUGGAGGGACAGCAGGGCAUUGGUUAGGGCCCGUCGAUGAGAGAGAUGAUAAGAAGAGGAGAGCAGAGUAUAUACUUAGGCAGUCUAUGGAAAAUCCACAGGAACUUACCCAGUUGUAACAUAAUUCAUUGGCUGACCUGCUUUAUUCACGAGUUGGCUGUAGUAGUGGGUUAUGGAGGAAACAAUGGCGUGAUUAUUAUAUGAAAUUCUGUUACUCUAACAAUUUUUAGAGGAUAUGUGAGUACUUGUUUUUAGUUUUAUUUUUAUUCUUUUUGGAUGUACUCCCUAACUGAUUACUCGACAAUGGAGGUUUUGCUUUGUUCUUCAAUCAUUUUAUGUUGCUUUCUGGUUCCGGCCGUUGGUGCCUAUCCUAUGUUGUAAUUCUGACAUGAAAUGGAGUUUAAAUAUUUAGAAUAAUUUGCGAUUCA